UGCAUACCUCAAUAUAGUCUUUCAAGCAAUUAUUCUUUACUUAACAUAUAAUUGAAAGUUUGAAACCCUUCAUUUCUUCAUUUAUCUCAAUCAUUUUUACCUAAUUAAACCCACCAAGAAAUUAAAUCUUAAAAAGUAUAUACAAUCUUCCUUUUUUAUUUUUCCUAACUACGAAAUUAAGAGCAAGAAAAAAUGGAGAUUCAAUCAGAAAAAGGAAGGGUGGUGAUGUUGGUGUACCCUUUACAAGGUCACAUAAACCCAAUGCUUCAAUUAGCAAACAUCCUUUAUUCUAAGGGUAUAUCCGUCAUAAUUGCUUAUCCUACGGAUUUCAACCCUCUUUAACACCUCCAACCAUCCUGAAUUUGCCUAUAUGCCCCUCAAAGCCGCCGACGUUGGCGGCUUAGAGGUAACAAACGUGGUGGAUGGAGUUGGGGGUGUUAUUGGGUUUACAAGAAGUCUUAAUAAGAUGUACAAAGAACAAUUUGAAAAAAGUGUACAAGAAUUGAUGGCAUAUGAAAAUGAAAGGAAGAGAGGAAAAAUAGGGUGUAUAAUAUAUGAUGUGUUUAUGUAUUUUGCUCAAAGUGUGGCUGACCAAUUCAUGAUUCCUGGGAUUUGUUUGAGGACAAGUUGUGCUGCUUCUAUAUUGGGUAUUACAGCUACGCAUACCCCUCAAGAACGUGGAUUUAAUAUGCCUGUUCACGUGCCAAUUGAAAGUUUGGUUCAAGUGCCUGAGCUAAAAGCAUUGGAAUUGGGUAAAGUUGCCGAGCAUUUGAAUGAGUUAAAUGCAGCAGUAGCUACAGCAUUUAACAAGUCAAUCGCAAUUAUUGUCAACACUAUGGGCUUCUUGGAAUGGGCUGCUAUCAAUAAGGCCCAAGAAUACUUCAAGGCCACUGUCUAUCCAAUUGGCCCAUUUCACUUAUAUGCUGAAAAUACCAACAAGUCUAAUUCUCUCUUGAAUGAAGAUCCAACCUGUAUAGCAUGGCUGAACCAACACCCACCAAGGUCAGUCCUCUAUGUGAGCUUUGGUAGCCUAGCUAGCAUGAGCGAGAAGGAUCUACUCGAGACGGCUACGGGGCUGGUCCAAAGUAACCAGCCCUUUUUAUGGGUGAUUAGGCCUAAGAUGGUCAUUGGAGGACGAUGUUGGGCCGAGAUUCUACCACGGGACCUCAUCGAAAGAAUCGAGGAAACGGGCCUUGUAGUUAGUUGGGCCCCACAAAGGCAAGUAUUAGGCCAUGGUUCGAUAGGAGGGUUUUGGACACAUUGUGGGUGGAACUCGACAAUUGAAGGAGUUUGCGAAGGGGUGCCCAUGAUUUGUAAGCCCUUCUUUGGUGACCAAUUUUGGAAUGCUAAGUACAUUACUAAAGUGUGGAAGAUAGGGAUAGAAAUAGAGAAUGAAAUUGAAAGGGUAAAUGUUGAAAGAAUUAUUAAGGAACUAAUGGUGGGUGAGAAAGGGAAAGAGAUGAGAAAAAGAGCAAUGGAUUUGAAAGAUAAAGUUGAGUUGUGUUACAAAGAUGGAGGUACUUCUUACAAGUACGUCGACCAAUUAGUAGAAUUGAUUGCCUCUUUUUAGAUAUUCCUUUAAGAUGUAAUUGCCUACGUCUUUUAAAUACUUUUCAUUACUUUUUUUUUU